CGCUUCGAUCGUUUUCUUAUACGGGAUCUGAACAUGACAACACGCCGUCUCAUUCAUUUGCAGUGCGACUGGGAGACAGCCUUGCAAGAAACCGGCGGGAAAGCGUGGAUUUCUUGCCGCUCUGAAGGGGAAGGUACUCUCUAUGGAGAGCUGAAACGAGUUGGAUGCGAUGCGAGAGACUUGCCAGUCAUCGAGGCGUCUGAUGGUUUUAGCUGCACGUGGAUUGGUCAAAAAUGUUUGCUGGUUAGCUGCGCUAGCAGAAGAUGCAGCACGAAAUUUGUGGCUCCAGUCGCCACGUUUAGGAACAUUAUCCAAGGGAAUAUUAUGUCUGUCAGUGUGAGUCCAUCUCAAGGACUCGGCGUCUGCUGUGGCACAUCAGGCCAACUGAAAGUUUUUCUAACAUCAAAUGGCUCAAUCCGAAGAGAUUUGUCUGGUCAUCUUUUGGAUGUUCUCUGCUGCAGCUUCUUUCCUUCAGGUGUCGUUAUACUUAGUGGUGGCAGUGAUAUGCGACUAAAAAUUUGGUCAGUGGAAGAUGGUAGUUGCCCAGUCACAUUGGUGGGCCAUAAAUCGAGGGUGACGCAGACAGCUAUAGUGGACAGAGGAAGAAAUGUUGUGUCUUGUGGAGGAGACGGCUGUGUGAAGUUAUGGGAUGUUGGUGAAAGCAAAUUGUUGUCAAACGUUGUCAACAAUGCCAGCUGUGCUAUCAAUGGCUGUGCCAUUCAAACAACUUUUGAUUCAAUCAGUUUAGGAGAAAGAGAAUCACAGACGAGUGAUCGUGAGGUUAACACCGAAGGAAAAAUGCUGAUUGUCGGUAGAGAAGACGGUUUGUUGGAAGGUUAUGGCUUGCACUCAAGGAAACAGAUAUUUUCUCAGAGACUCUCUGGUACAGUCAACAGCUGUGCGUUUUUGUCUGAUAUCACGUGUGUUGCCGGUUGCCAGGAUGGAUUAGUGGGCAUUAUAGAUCUCAGAAAAACAAGUGAACUCGUUUCUCGUAUUCAUCGUUCUAAUUCACCCAUUCUCAGUGUGGCUGCAAAGGAUCGUAACCGCUUUAUUGCCAGCACUGGCGACGGUUGUUGCUUUGUGUCGAAGGUGUUACCACUUAACUCUGAAUUGGAUAUUGUUGAAUGGGACGAUAUGACUGGAGCUGACUGUGACUCUGUCCAUGGAGUGUCGCUAUCUGGUAACACUCUGUAUACGUGCUGUAGAGAUGCAACCAUUAGGAAGUAUAAUUUGAUUUAAUAAAUUGAUUACAGCAAUAAGGUCAUGUAGACUUUGUUU